CAAAAUCAAAACAAAUUAGAUUUUCAAUUAAAUAUUUAGAAAAUGCUGCGAAAGUCAAAGAAAGAGCCACAAACAGUGGCCGAUAAAGUCAGCAAACUGUUGGCGCAUCCCAAUGACAGCGAUUCGGAGGAGGACUCAGACUUUGAUGUGGCCACAGGGCCGCGUGUUGUCGAUUUCGAGCAAGACGAAUACGAUCUGCCGGAUGCGCGGAGCACGGACAUUCGCAAGCGAAAUGUAAAGCUGCUGUCAGAGCAGAGUGAGCGCUACAAGGGAAAGAUCAGCAGUCGAAAGGAACUGGAGGAGGAGGAAGAGGAAGACCAGAGCGAGGAUGAGGUGUCCUAUGAGGACAGCGACAGCGAUGAAGAUGAUGCUUUGGCUUCGUUUAAUCAGAAACUGAAAGCGGGAGCUAGCAAAUUAGCAGAUGAUGAGGAAAGCUCUGGAGAUGAGGAUGACGAUGGUGAUGAAGCUGCACUCGCUGUCUUUAAUCAGAAGUUUAAGUCUGCAAGCGAAGAAGAGGAUGCUGAAGACUUCGACGACGAAGAGGAAGAUGAUGACGACGACGAUGAUGAGGAAGAGGAAGACGACGAUGAAGAAGAUAACGAUGACGAUGAUGAGACUGAGGCAGAUGAUAGCAUAAAACCCUCUGAUGUCAUGUCUAAAUCGAAUCCCCAAGCAGAAAUCCAAAAGGGUCUCUGCGUCCAGAACCAAUUGCGCAUCUGGGAACGUCUGCUGGAGCUGCGCAUGAACACGCAAAAGGUCACCAGCAAAGCGAAUCAGCUACCACCGCCUGAGACCCUUAAAAGCCUUGGCUCCGAGAACGAGGAGCUUCAGUCGGUGCUGAGCGAGGCCACGGAACGAUCAUCGAAACUGCUACGUCAGCUGCUGGCCCUGCAGACGGCGCUCAGUCAACAGAACUCAGAGACGAUGAAAUCGGUCAAGCGAAAGGCACUGCCAUCGGAGGAGAUAGAACCCCCAUUGAAGGUCAUUGCGAGUGUCCUGCAAAGCAACUUCCAGAACAUGACAAGCUACCGCAAUGAGGUGCUGCUCAAGUGGGACGAUCGCACGAAACUGCUGACGCCAGGCGCGGGUCUGAAGCGGAAGUCGCUGCAGGAGGACUACGACAUCAUCAAGAAGAUCGACAGUGCCCUGGCCAAUCGGGAGGCGCUCGUUGAGAAGUCACAGACGCUGAAGAGCAACCAGCCGGAGCAAGAGAACGAUCCUCCAGCUCAGCGUCAGCCCCAUGUGUACGACGACAGCGACUUCUACCAUCAGCAACUGCGCGAAUUGAUUGAAUACAAGGCCAGCUCCUCAUCCAACAUGAGUGAGAUCACAAAGCAAUUUGUGGAGCUGCAAAAGUUGCGCCAGAAAAUGAAGAAGAAGGUCGACACCAGAGCCAGCAAAGGGCGCAAGUUGCGCUAUGUGGUGCACAAUAAGCUCACAAAUUUCAUGGCUCCCAACGAGGCUUGCGAGUGGACGGAAAGCUCAAAAUCCGAGCUAUAUAAAUCGUUGUUUGUUUAGCCAAAUGUGUCUUCAUUUUCUAUAGAUUA